AAGUAGAUUUACGGACCAACUCUCUACCAAGGCUCUAUCGAAGCUCACUGUACAUUACUGGACGUUCCGUUGGCUCACGUAGCUCGAACCGUCCUGGACAAUCUGAGAUUUUAUGCAUUCGACGUGGCAUUCGAAGAAUUGCUGGAGCUGCUCGGUUGUUCAAACGUUCUGUGCUAAUUCGCAUUCCCAUUCGUCAGCAGAUACGAGCAUCAAGGGAUCAUUCUGAAGAACAUCGUUCGUAUGAACAAGCUGUGCGCAACGGAGAGGAUAAAUAGCGGCGUGCCGGACGGCUGUGAGAAAUUCUACACGCUCACAUUCGGGAAUGAAGCGCGCCUGAAAAUACCAGUCAAGCUGCUAAAGUCCUGUAUCAACGAGAUGGACCUGUCUUUAAUAACGCUGUUGAUAAAUCACUUGAAGGAAAUAAAUUGCCACAUGUACCUCGCCUGGGCCGAGUCGGCCGACCGUGAGAAUUCGUUGUUGAGUCUGCAGCGCGCCAUCAUCAUCGAGUGCGUUUACUUCGGGAAAAUCGUACAGAUGGACGGGAAGUUGCGUGAGGACCAAGAACUACGGACGUAUCUGGAUCGAUUAAUAGGGUUGCAUAAGCAGCCGCAGCUGACGCUGGAGAUCUACAGUAGGGCAGUUGGGCCAGCUGAUGAAUUUGUGGGAGCUGCUGCAGCUUUAUCAAGAAUGGGACGACUUAACUUUGCAAUUUGUCAACGCGUGGCAUAUGCUGCUGCUGGCCGAGGACUUCUUGGUGCUUUUCCGUUAUCUGAAGCAUACGGUUUCGGUGAAGCGGUACACUCAUCAGCAGAAGCUGUAUUUCCAGCGCAUGGUUAUGGUGAUUAUACCAAAGCGCAGCGUGAGAGACGUCUACGACAUCACGAUGUUGUACGUACUGCGCCACUACUACGACCGCUUUCUGAUGAAUCUGUACGAUCUGCGUGGCUUCCACCUACUGAUGCAGCAAGCGACGUGGGACAACGGUCUUCCACAAGAGCCUGUUGAUACACAUACUGCACAGUU